AUGGUUUCUCCUCCUUUCGUCUUCCAAGGAAAAUCUCUGGCUAUUCACUAUUCACCAUCUCAUGCCCUUGUUUAUAGCUUCACAUUGGCUUUUGCAUUUUUGCCAUGGUUUCUCCUCCUUUCAUCUUCCAAGGAAAAUCUCUGGCGAUCUUACCCCAUUUUCCCUUUUGUUGAUAAUCUGCAGCGAACUGAUUGUAUAUGGUUGCUGAUUGGUUCCAUUGACUGCUUAUUAUCUGACAUGCAGAGAUGUUUAAACAGAGGCACCCUUCCUGCUGUAGAUUUCAUGGGCGAGCAUGUAAUAGUCGGGCAAGUAUACAUGUACUUCCGAGGCAGUGGCAAAGCUGCAGAGAUGAAGCAUGACGCUGCUCAGGGAGCCUUGAGAGCUGCAAUCUAA